GCCCCGUCGGUCCCGUCCCGCGGCCGGAAAGCGCUCCGCUGCUGGGCAACGCUAUCACGACAUCGCGGCCCGGUGGUGGUGGCGGGUCUGUGACCAUGUUCGGGGCGGCGGCGGAGGAGGACGACGCGGAUUUCCUGUCCCCUGCCAGCGGUGCCAGAUUGGCCUCUCUCUUUGGUCUGGAUCAAACAGUCUCAAGCCAUGGAAAUGAAUUCUUCCAGUACACUGCACCAAAGCAGCCUAAGAAGGCUCAAACAGCACCUGCAGGUCAGGCAGCCCAGAAGGCUCCUGCGGCCCCAGCAGCUUCAGGAGCACCAUCGGUGUUCAUGGCCACUGCAGUUUAUGCUUACCGAUAUACAAAUGGGCAGUACUUGAAACAAGGCAAGUAUGGAGCAGCUGUAGUGGGGAACCAUGCUACUAAAGAGUACAGGAUCCUCCUUUAUAUCAGUCAGCAGCAACAGAUCGCAACUGCAAGGAUUCAUUCAGGUUUCGUACUCACGGUUCAACCCAACAAUUACAGUGCAUUCUAUGAUGAUCAGAGACAAAACUGGUCCAUCAUGUUUGAGUCAGAAAAGGCAGCAAUGGAUUUCAGUAAACAGGUGUGCAUUGCCAAAUGCAACAGCUCCCCAGUGCUUGAUUCGGUGCUCUACCAGGAUCUCCUUCUUGGAGAAGGGCAGGGAGUAGAAGGAGGAGACUCUCUGGAAAUUGCCUAUACAGGUUGGCUGUUCCAGAACAAUGGGCUUGGACAGGUGUUCGAUUCUAAUGUUAACAAAGACAAGCUGUUGCGGCUAAAGCUGGGAUCUGGAAAGGUCAUCAAGGGCUGGGAAGAAGGAAUGAUAGGGAUGAAGAAAGGAGGGCGGAGGUAUCUCAUUAUUCCUCCAGCAUGGGCCUACGGGGCACAGGGAGUGGCUGGCCGUGUCCCUCCAGACUCGACUCUAGUUUUUGAGGUGGAAGUUAAGCGGGUGAAGUUAGUGAAGGAAUGCGCUGGUUCGGAUGGACAGAGUGUUAGUUCAAGGGAUUCUCCUGCACCUUCUCCAGUACCCAAUUCAGACGGCUUCUCUGCAGAUGGUGGUUUAUUGCCUCCAUCUUCGAUACCUCCAAAGCCUGGGGAGCCAGCUGUUCGGGCCAAGUCAAACUCCAUCAGUGAACAGCUAGCAAACCCAGAUGUAGCAAAGGCAAAGCUAAUUUCUCGGAUGGCUAAAAUGGGACAGCCCAUGCUGCCUUUCCUGGCUGGGACAGCAGGUAGUCAACUUGACUCCAGUGACUCGGAAAUAGAGGAUCUAAAUACACUGAGAGGGACAGCGCAACCAGUGGCUUCAUCUGCUCUGAGACCGUCACAGCCAUCUCACGCGGUACUGCCCACAGUGUCAACACAAGUACCUCAGGCAUCUGGUCCUACACCCCCAGUAUCUUCUGCUGCUUUAAUACCUGCAACAAUCCAGCCCCAUUCAGCUCUGCCUGGAGGAGCACAGGGCUUUCAGGUGUAUCCUGGCAUGGCAUUUGCUUACCCCCAAACCGCUGCAUCUGCUUCUCAACUCCAGCCUGUAGGACAGAUGUAUCCUGCACCUUACCAAGCACCUGGGGAUGUUACUUCCUUUUUGAUGACAGAAGCUCGGCAGCAUAACACUGAAAUCCGAAUGGCCGUUAGCAAAGUAGUAGAUAAAAUGGAUCAUCUGGCUGCCAAGGUGGAGGAGUUGAAGAAACAGAACACUGGCAACAGCUCACUACUGCCUGGUAUCUCCUCUGUUACUAUGGAAGCCUCCAUGAUCAUGAGCAAUAUCCAACGCAUAAUCCAGGAGAAUGAGAGACUGAAGCAAGAGAUAUUUGAGAAGAGCAGUCGGAUUGAGGAGCAGAAUGAGAAGAUCAGCGAGUUGAUUGAACGGAAUCAGAGAUACGUUGAACAAAGUAACUUGCUAAUGGAGCAGAGGAACCAUUCACUGCAAACAACAAAUGAAAACACACAGGCAAGAGUGUUGCAUGCAGAACAGGAGAAGCACAUGCUGCCAGUGGAUCGGGGCUGGGACCAGGCCAAAGUUGCAGAGGAGUUAGCAGCUGCCACAGCACAGGUUUCCCAACUACAGCUGGAGCUGACUGCCCACCAGAAGAAGGAGAUGGACCUACGGAAACAGCUGUCUGCUGCCCUGCAAGAGGCAGAGCGACACGAGAUGCAGCUCAACAAACUGCAGGCACAGUUAGCAGAGCUCCAAGAAGCCGCUGAGGACACUCAGACUAGAUUCAAAUCUGAGAAGCAUAGCCGCAAACAGCUGGACAUGAAGAUUACAGCACUGGAAGAAGAGCUAACGGACCUAAAAGUGGAAAAAGAGACUCUUGAAAGGAAUCUUGCAGAGAGGAAGAAGAAGUCCCUCUCGGAGAGAGCUCAAGCAGAAGAAGAGAUGGAAGAAAUACGCAGAUCGUAUCAGCAGGAACUGGACAAGCUUCGGCAGUUGCUGAAAAAGGCACGGACUUCAACUGACCAGGCAGCAGCAGAGCAGAUAUCGCUUAUCCAGGCAGAGCUGGAAUCCCAGUGGGAAGCAAAAUGUGAACGUACACUGGCCUCAGCCAAGGAGCAGCAUGUUAGACAGUUCCAGGAGGUGUGUGAGCAGAGAGACUCCUUGCAGCAGCAGGUGUCCCAGCUGGAAGAGAAGCUUGCGGCUCUAAAACACUUGAAAAAAGCAGAGGAGCAAAAAUUGUCUGAGUUUCAGCAACAUUUGGAGCAACUAGAGCCUAUCAAAGAAAAGUAUUCAGCCUUGCAGUCUGAUAUUGUGGUGCUGAAGGCUCGCUAUGAAGAACGCAUCCGAGCCCUGGAGAAGGGUCAGGAGGGAUCUUCACCUGCAGACUUCACAGAAGAAGUAAAGAAGAUAAUGAAUGGUGUAUUUCAGUCUCUUCGGGGUGAAUUUGAGCUGGAAGAGACAUACGCUGGCAGGACAGUUCUGGGUGUUGUCAUGAACACUAUUAAGACUGUAACACUGCAGCUACUCAACAGACAGCAAAAGAAACCAGAUCAUGACAGUAACAAGGAGGAAUCUGGAACAGGAGCAGUGAGACAGGCGGCAUCGCCUGAAGGAAAGUCUGACCGUGAAGAGCCCAUGCAGCAUAGCCUGGCACAGCGUGUUGCAUUCCCAGCUGACCCUGGGGAAGCAGCCACAGGCUCCGUGGUGUCUGACCAGGAAGGCGAGUCUGCUCCUCUGUCUGCUAGGCCCAGAACUCCUGAGGAGGAGCAGGUGACACAGAGCAGUGGGUUGUCAGAAGAGAAGGUCCAGGGGGAGCAUCUCUCUUCCACAGCUGAAUCCUGCCUGGAUCCUGAUGAGGGACCUGUACUGACAGGACAGCCUGUUCCUGAGGUGGAUGAGGACGUUGUCCCAGCUGAGCAGAGGCAGGAGAGCAGUCCCAUCAGGAAAGCUGAGACUGAACACAGUCCCUCCAGAGUAUCUUUGCAGGCAGAAGUUGCAGAAUCUUCUGUUCUAGAAGCCAAGCCAGGAGAUGCAGAUGUGGCAGUGCUUGCAGAAAAGCCAGUCCUGGAGCAGAAGACAGAGGAGCCUGUGGGAGGUUCAGAGCCCCCUCCCUUAAAUGGGGAGGGAGGGAACUGCACAGACCCGUUAGACGGAGCUAUCCCCGAGAAGGAGCCUGCUUCAGUGUCCAAAACAGCACAGCCAAGCUCGGCUAUCACCAGAGGAACCCCCGGACAGCAGGAACUGGGCUCCAGCCCCAGGCAAAAAGAUUCCAGCCUCUUUGAGGACAACAACUUCUUUGAAACACCAUCUCGUAAACCGCUGAAGCCUCUCGUUCCCUCUGAAGAGGAGGAUGAGGAGGAAGUGAGCAUGAAGGGGCGUCCCCCUCCAGCUCCACUCUUUGGUGAUGAUGACGAUGAUGAUCUGGACUGGCUGGGAUGAAGAGCUGGCUGAUGAGCCUGCGAGCCCCCUCCUCUGGGCGUGGCCUCUUUCUGUGCACUUAGCACUUAACGAGCUGCAUAUGUGGGACAGCUGUGAUCACCCAGGGACUUCCCAGGUUCUCGUACUGCAGACUGAUGGGGCCUGAGAGCAGGGGCUCUUUCUGCACUCAGACCCAUCGCUCAGACCUGACAAACAUGCGCAGAGGUUGAGACGAGCUGAAGGAACCGACCAGUCUUAGUGCACGUUUGUAUUGCUGUCCUACUUCUGUGAACCAUUGAUUCCUUAGUCUGAAACUUUAUGCAGAUACAAACUUUGUAAAGUGCUUCAGGAGAGCAAGUCUGGCAGGACCCUGCAGUAGGUAACUACUUUUUAAAAAGUCAAGUCUAAAAUCUUGUCGUCUUCCCCAGUAAAGAUCUCCUUGGAAUAUUUCUCCUAGUCCCCAGGGUGGCUCCCAGGGACCUCUGUACCAUCCCAUCACCAUGUGUGAGCAACGUGCAGUGGGAGAUUUGGCCGAGACACCCCAGGCAGGUGUUUUCUGUGGGCACCAGCUCCACGCAGGCAGCUUGGGGACAGCCCCGGGGCUGAGGUGGUUGGGCUCAUCACUGUUGUAUGUUCUACGGCACACGUGGUGCUGGCUGACCCCCAGCCUGCUGGGCAGGGCCACCUGUCAGCGGUUCUGAAAGCCGGGGCUCUCUUAGACCAAUGCUCCAAGCACAGAUGUAGCAUCUAGGAACUGUGGCUGUAAGAAGCCAAAUCCCCAGCUGCGUUUUACAGAGGACCCCAAGGCUCAGAGAGACCUCACAAAAGUGAUUCGCUGCGCAGCCAGCUUAUCUCCUCUUAUCUUUGCAUCCAGAGGUGAGAUGUUUUUGGUUUUUUCCCACUGGGUUAUGUACGUUUCACUGGCGGUGAAAGCAGCAAUGCAGAUUUGUAAUCUGCUGCUGAGAGAGAGGGAGAGAGUUGCUGUAGGCAGCCGAGCCCAUCUCCUGUGCCUUUUUCUCUGCUACUGAUUAAAGUGUGAUGAUCAUAGCAAAAUUAAAACUUAGUAAUAGGAUGUAAGUUAUAACCCAACCUCCCCUGGGCUCUGCUGGCAGCCAGGGGGUUGGGAUAUAACUUUUCAGUCUUAAGUGGACCAAGAAAGGAAAGCAGUGAGGAUAGAGAGUUGGGCAAACACCUUGGAUUUCUCAUAGCAUUUUUACUUCUACAUUUAUUGGCACUAAUGCAACUUAAAACUAUGAGCAGGUCUUUGUAUCUUUAAAACAAAUAACCCCCUCUUCACUUAAUAAACUGGAAGCGCUUAAAAUAAUUCUACUACAGUUUAGUUUCUACAACUGCCUCCUAUCUUAAAUAAAAUUGAUUAUUGUCCUCCUAAAUGUGAUUUCUUGGGAGGAAAAAAUAAGAAAAGGUGCUGGGCAUCCCUGUUUGGGAAUGUAGGAGGGUGGCAGGUCCCUGCCCCUGCGCUGCGUGCCCAGCCCAGCACACUGCCAAAUGCAGCUGUAAUUGUGGAAGAGACCAAAGCCUGUGAAACAGCCAACCUGCGGCCGAGCAGACACUGAUCUGGCAGGGUAAACUGCUGGGGGUUCCUGGGGAGCCACUCCAGAAGUCAAAGCACCAAAUAGUUACUCGUUGCUGGGUGACUCUGUGUGUGAAACCCGGAUUUUCUGGGGUCCCCCCUUCCUUGUGCUGGUCUGAGUGUAGGUACCCUGAAGCAGCCUCUGCCCCCCCCAGCUGGGGCAGUGUCCCAGUGGAGCUCGUUGCUAAUACUAACAAAAUCCACUUCUUGUUUCCUGUUACAGAUGGGCAACCUGAGGGAUUUGCAUUUCACUUCUUGAAAAAUAAAAGUGCAAUUAAACCUGUA